GUGCGCAGACAUCGAUCGGAUAGCACAAUCGUGAAAACGCUUAUUCGCUGCUCAUCUACUGUGCUCGCUGCGAAACUCCAUCGAUUUCGCGCAGCAGCUCGUAGAGCGACACUGCACUCGCCUGUGCACUCGCCUGUGCGGCCAGAGCGACCAACCGGACCCGCUCGCACGCCUCGUACAGAGCGCUUUUGCAGCGCUCUCACGCGCACGCCGCCGCCGCAAGCAGCCCAUGGCGGCGCAAGCCGCGCAGACUGAUGGCGACGACCUCGACCUCUGCCGCGUGCAAUCGGAACCGCUCUCGCACGACGAAGCCGUCGCCUUCGUGACGAGUGGAGACUGCGGCGCCAUAUCAACAUUCCUCGGCACGACGCGCAACAACUUUGACGGAAGGCCCGUGCGGACGCUCAUGUACGAGGCGUACGCGCCUAUGGCGGAGAGCAAGAUGCGCGAAAUUCUACGGGAGGCGCGACGGGCCUACGGCAUCAAGAAGGCCUGCGCUUUGCAUAGAGUGGGCGAGGUGAAAAUUGGAGAGGCCUCCGUCGUCCUCGCGUUCGCGUCGCCGCACCGGAAAGACGCGUUAAACGCGUGCGCCUGGGCCAUCGACGAGCUGAAGCGCGUCGUCCCGGUCUGGAAGCAGGAGGUCUAUGCGGACGAGGGUGCGGAUUGGAAGGCGAACAAGGAGUGGGACCCGGCGGGGCUCGCGCGCGAGAUCCGGGCGCCGCCCGCGGCGUAGCGCGCCGCUGUUUAAUGUACAUAGUAGG